UCAAUGCCACCAAAAAAAUCAACUGCUAAAGUUACUAAUUCACCUCCACCAACAACUAGAGCAACUAGAUCUAAAAAGAUUGAUAAAGCAGAGGAUAAAAAAUAGUAUUAAUCAUUUAUAGCAUUUCUAGAGAUAUAAUUGAUAAAGCUAUAAAAGAUAUAUCAAAAUCAAAUGAUAAAGAUGUAAAAACCAAUCUUUCACCACAAAAAGAUUCAAAAAAAUCAACUUCUCCAUCUCCAAUUAAAAAUAUUUAAGAUGGUUAAAAGAAAGAUGAUACUUCAAAUAUAAUUAAAAGUAAGAUAAGUGCACCUGUAGAUGAAUAUUUUGAUGAUUAAGAGAAUUAUGAAGUAUUUGAAGAGAAUGGUAAAAUUUAUGAUUGCAUGAUGAAUUAAACCAAUAUUAUGGGUGAUAAUAAUAACAACAAAUUUUAUGUUGUUUAAUUGUUAAAAAAGAAAGAUAAAGGUAAUAUAUCAUUUGUAUAUUUUUAGACUUUUUUUAUUUAUAUACAAGAUGGGGUAGAGUAGGUGUUGAAGGUUAAUCUGCAAAAUAAUCUUUUUUAAAAGCUGAAUCUGCAAAAAAAGGUUAUGAAAGUAAAGUGAGAUAAAAAAGUGUAAAAGGUGAAUAUAGAGUUUUGGAAAGGGAUUAUAGUGGAGAACAAGAUCCAAAAGAAUUAGAGAGAUUGGAGAAACUUAGAGAAGAUAAAGAGAAGGAAUCAUAUAGUAAAAGCAAUUUACAUUAAAAAAUAAAAGAUUUAGUUAGAUUAAUUUUUGAUAUGAAGAUGAUUAAUAAUUAGAUGAAAGAGUAUUAUUAAUCUAUAUAUAUUUAAUUAGUAUUGGUUAUGAUGCCAAGAAAACACCUUUAGGAAAAUUAGCUGUUUCAACUAUAAAGAAAGGAUUUGAUGUUCUUAAACAAAUAUCAGAGGAAUUAUAAAAUAAACUUCCUGAUUAAGUAGUUUUACAAAGACUUUCAAGUGAAUUUUAUAGUUAAAUCCCUCAUGAUUUUGGAUAUUUAAGAGCUCCUGUUAUUGAUACUCCUAAAAUGGUUAAAAAUAAAUUAGAUAUGUUGGAAUCAAUUUAACACAUAUAAAUUGCUACAAAGAUUUUAGAAGAAAAUUCAGAUGAUUCAAAUGCUAUUGAUGAAAAUUUCAAAAAAUUAGGAAUAAAUAUGUAAUUCUUAGAACCUACAGAUGAAAAAGUCUAGACUAUUAAAUAAUUUGUAGCAAACACACAUUGUGAUACUCAUAGAGAAUAUGGAUUAGAAGUCCUUGAUGUUUUUGAAUUGUAAAAAGAUCAAGAUGAUAAUCGAUUCAAAAAAGAUUUAGGCAAUAGAAUGUUACUAUGGCAUGGAUCAAGACUUACAAAUUUUGUAGGUAUUCUAAGUUAAGGAUUAAGGAUUGCACCUCCAGAAGCUCCAGUUACUGGUUAUAUGUUUGGAAAAGUAAUUUUUAAGUUUAAUCAAUAUAGGGUGUUUAUUUUGCAGAUAUGGUUUCUAAAUCAGCUAAUUAUUGUGCAGUCUCAAGAUAAAAUAAUACAGGAUUGAUAUUAUUAUGUGAUGUAGCUUUGGGAAAUCCAAAUGAGAAAUUUUAUUCAGAUUAUUAUGCUAACUAAUUGCCUGAAGGUAAACACAGUACUUGGGGAAGAGGUAGAACAAUGCCUAAUCCAUCUGAAAACAUUCCAUUCCCAGGUAUGCCAGAAGUCAAAGUACCUAUUGGGAAAGGAGCUGCUUCUGGUGUUCCUAAUGUAAUAAUAUAUCUUAUAUUUAUUUAGACAUCUUUAUUGUAUAAUGAAUUUAUUGUUUAUGAUGUUGCUUAAAUAAGAUUGAAGUAUUUAAUCAAGAUGAAAUGGAAUUAUAAAUGAG